AACACGGGAUUUCACACUGUUUCCAUGGGAAUGACACCGAAUUAGGAAUUUCAUAGGAAAUAUUGAUAUUUUAUAAUUUCUCGGAUGCGCAGAUCAAUCAUGGUAUGACCGAAGAAACGCGGGAAAACCGAUCUAAUCCGCGGACUCCGAGUGUGUGUGUUUAUCUACUACUUUGGGUUAUAUUUGCCGUGCACAGUCUACCGUACCCCGCCAGUGAGUGUGCUAAAUACGGAAACCAAACCGAAAUCACAUUGUAGCUGCGAGUCGGAAGGAGCUUUAUUCCUAGUGUAUGAUACCUGACAAUGAUGUGUGACGUUAUGCCAACAAUUUCGGAAGACUCCGCUUGCCAGCGGGAAUCGCAGUGCAGUGACAGUGAGACGAACUUUGAGCAGCUCAUGGUGAAUAUGCUCGAUGAACGGGAUAAGUUGAUGGAAUCAUUGCGGGAGACCCAAGAGACAUUAGCAGAUACCCAAGAAAGAAUGCAAGAACUUGACAGGGAACGUGAGUCGCUCCAAAAACAGAUAGGCAGUAAUCUUCCCCAGGAGUUUGCAACAUUAACAAAAGAACUGAACCAGUCACGAGAACAAAUUCUUGAACGAGAAGAAGAAAUCGCGGAACUUAAAGCAGAAAGAAAUAACACCAGGUUAUUGUUGGAACAUUUAGAGUGCCUUGUCUCCCGACAUGAACGAUCGCUGAGAAUGACAGUAGUAAAACGUCAAGCCUCGUCACCGGCUGGUGUUUCCAGCGAGGUGGAGGUGUUGAAAGCUCUCAAAUCGUUGUUUGAACACCACAAAGCGUUAGAUGAGAAAGUGCGAGAAAGGCUAAGGGUAGCGUUGGAGAGAGUAGCUACGUUAGAAGAUGAAUUAUCUGCAACCACACAAGAGAAUCAUAUAAUUCGAGAACAAAUGAAAACACGGUCAGUUAUCGGAGAAGAUGGUCCCCUGCGGAGUUCUUCAGAAACGGGUAGUCAGAGUAGCAAUGAUGAAGUUAUCAGUCAACAACUACAUUCUAAGAGAUAUUCAAAUGGUUCUAUUGACCCGGAUGACGAUGUUAACCGAGUGAUAGAAUUACAAGGUACUUUAGAAAAACAAAAUCAUGAAUAUAGCCUUGCAAAAGACCGGAUUGAGCAGCUGGCAGCGAGGGUGGUCGAAUUGGAAGAUAAUUUGUCGACGUCGCAGCGGGAAAUUAUCAAGGCUCAAGAAUCAUCUACAAAAUACCAGAAAGAUCUUAGAGAGUCAAUGGCUCAGAAAGAAGAUAUGGAAGAAAGGAUAACAACGCUGGAAAAAAGGUACCUCAGUGCGCAAAGAGAAUCCACAUCAGUACAUGAACUCAACGACAAGCUAGAAUCUGAAUUAGCCAAUAAGGAAGCUGCUCUUAGACAGAGUGAAGAGAAAAACCGAAAUGUGCAAGAAAGAUUAGAACUUUCUGAACAGAAACUCCAGCAGUUGAUUCGAAAAGCUGAACAGCUUCCGGGAAUGGAGGCUGAAUUGGCGCAGCGCAUGGCGGCACUGUCGCAGGCGGAAGAACGGCAAGGGAACGCCGAAGAAAAACUUAAUCAACUUAGGUCUGAACUGGAAGAAUGCAAACAAGAAUUAGAAAGGGCGCGGGAGAGGGAGAAAAUGAAUGAAGAACACAAUAAAAGACUGUCUAGUACUGUCGAUAAAUUAUUAUCAGAAUCAAACGAGAGGCUGCAGCUUCACUUGAAGGAAAGAAUGGCUGCAUUGGAAGAUAAAAAUUCGUUAACUCAGGAAUUAGAUAGAACGAAGAAGAUGUUGGAAGACACGCAGUCUGACAAUAAACGACUAGCAACGGAAUUAGCGAAACUUAGAGCAGAAUUUGACAAUUUCAAAAAGAAAACAGAUAAACUAAAGCAGGAAUCCAUGUCAAACAGGAGCGAAGUUUUAGAUAGCAAUAGCAAGAACCCAUCCUCACAUCAUAGCUACCCUGUGGAUGCAAACGUAGUUGUAAAUAAAAAUACGACGACAAUCACGGAUAAUGAUAGCAAUACCGUGUCAAGUAGUAAUUCUAGUAACAAUCCAACUCGUACUCUUAGUAAUAUUAGUAGUAACACAAAUACCAGUAGUGCUAUACUUAGGCGGCAACAGAAGGGAAGAUUGGAGGCAUUACAAACUGAUCCCAGCAAGGUGCACACUUUAAAUGAACAAGAAUGGGAAAAAGUACAGCAAGCCAGUGUCCUAGCAAAUGUAGCACAAGCAUUUGAGAGUGAGAGCUCACCACUUCAGUCGGAAAAUGAAUCAGAAUCUGUAUUUGGUGCCGUUGACAUGUUGUCUCCUUCAGGGCAUACAGAUGCCCAAACUUUAGCAAUAAUGCUUCAAGAACAAUUAGAUGCUAUUAAUAAUGAAAUUAGGCUUAUACAAGAAGAAAAAGAUUCAACAGAAAUGAGGGCGGAAGAAAUUGAAAGCCGUGUAGGUAGUGGCAGUCUUGAAAAUAUUGGGUUAUUUGGUUCCACGAGAAGACGACCUGGCAAUGUUUGGUCGGGGGAGCUAUCAGUGGCACGUUCACUUCCAGGGAGCAUUGCAGGAUCACUAGACAGAGAGAGGCCUUCUCCACCAGUGAGUGGCAGAUCUACUCCCAAACUUUCUCGUAAUGAACGAGUCACAACAGGACUUAGUAGUCACCAUAGUCAAAGUCAGCCUCAAAUUUCUACCACAGGAUCCCUACCAAAUUAUUACAGUCAUAGCACCGCAGCAUCUGUAAACCAGUUGGAAUUUAUAGACCGUUAUAUGUCGCGUUCCGAUAACCAACUCCAUGGUUGCCAGCCACCUGCCCUUCGAGAAGAAAAUCGUGAAGAAAGUCGGUCAAUACGAUGCGAGUCAAGCCCACCAGCAGCGCGUUCAGCGCGAAUGGAGCGUGUAGCUGCACCAGCCGCUAGCAGUGAGGAACAAAGGAGCAGGGGAUCUAUGGACAGCUCACAGAGUACGCCUAGCCCCCACAGUAGUACAAAUAGCAGCCAAGACUCACUGCACAAACAACAGCAAGCACAACACCAGGCACAACUUAAAAAACGACAGACUGGACUGAAAGGUUCGUUAGGUAGGUUAUUUGGUAAAAAAGAGAAGAGUAAAGACGGUAAAGAUGGCAGCAGAGAAAAUUUACCAGCAGUGCCAUUUGACAGUGACAUUGGAUCACAAGAGUCGCUCAGUAUGAGUCUUGCCUUGGUACCAGGUGGAACGCAGAGAGAAUUCGACAGAAGGAAAAAGAAAAAACAUGAACUACUUGAAGAAGCAAUGAAAGUACACACGCCAUUUGCACUUUGGAACGGUCCAACGGUGGUAGCGUGGUUAGAGUUGUGGGUUGGUAUGCCAGCAUGGUAUGUCGCAGCCUGUCGGGCAAACGUAAAAAGUGGUGCAAUUAUGUCAGCACUAUCAGAUCAAGAAAUCCAACGAGAAAUAGGAAUUAGUAAUCCCCUUCAUAGGUUAAAGUUGCGGCUAGCAAUACAGGAAAUGGUCAGCUUAACAAGUCCAUCAGCGCCUCCAACAACAAGAACAACUCUAGCGUUUGGUGAUAUGAAUCAUGAAUGGAUAGGAAACGACUGGCUUCCAAGUCUAGGGUUACCGCAAUAUAGAAGUUAUUUUAUGGAAUGUCUUGUGGAUGCAAGAAUGUUAGAUCACCUCAAUAAAAAAGACCUUCGAGGUCAGCUGAAAAUGGUGGAUAGCUUCCAUAGGUAA